GGCCGUCUCUCUCUCCUCUCCUCCUCUUCUCUCCAUCUCGUGCAUACCGGCUGUUUGCUCUCUUCGCCUCUCAGUCUGCGCGCUGUAGCCCUGCCGUGCGUUUCUCUCAGCCCCUCUGUUGUAGCACCACAAGAGAGGAGGAGCCACCAGCACACACGCACUCACACACACACACACACACUCACGCAGACACAGACACACACUCUGACAUCUCGCAGCAUCUCUCCUGCACGCUCACUGUAAGCACCAGCCAGCCAGAAGCCAGCCAGGCCCGUUCGGAGCAGGAGGAGCCCAGCGGUAUCGUCGCCCAAGAUGGAUGUACUGAUGAAAGGGUUCUCCAUGGCCAAGGAGGGGGUUGUGGCCGCUGCAGAGAAGACCAAAGCCGGCAUGGAGGAGGCAGCAGCCAAGACCAAGGAAGGGGUGAUGUAUGUAGGUAGUAAGACAAAGGAGGGAGUUGUGUCAUCAGUAAACACAGUGGCCAACAGGACCGUGGAUCAGGCCAACAUCGUCGGAGACGCAGCGGCUGCCGGGGCCAACGAAGUGUCACAGGCGUCCGUGGAGGGAGUCGAGAACGUCGCCGCGUCGACCGGGAUGGUCAACCAGGAGGAGCCCGUAUACGAGGGAGAAUACGGAGGAAUGGAGCAGGGCGGCGAAGGAGGAGAGGGGUAUUAAUCAUCUUCAGGACCUUCUCGUCCUCUCCAGCAGCCCCUCGUCUUUCCUCUCGCCUCGCUGUACUCCAGACUCCAGAUGUUCAACAUAUUUUUUUGUGACUUUACGGAACCAAAAUCAACUAAUACAGACUCUUCCGGAUGCCGCACCUCAGCGCCCUCUCUCCGUCUCCCCCCUCUCCGCCCCGUCGCUACCCGGCGCCUCCUGCUGUAACAUCCCCGCCACCUGCCCCUCGCCCCCUUUUCCUCCCCUCCAGUCUCCUGCAGCCUUGUCGCUUCUCCUCCACCGAACCUGGCGUUCCCCCGCCUCACCCUUCGCGUGUUAGUGUUGUCCUGAUAUGAACCCCCGAUGUUGUUGUCACCCGCCCAUCCCAAUCUCACAUUCACACAAGCAAAAAAAAAAAAAAAAAGGUCACACCGUCAUUUGCCACAUGCAUGAAAACGCACACACAGUACAUUCAGUAAAUGCACCACACAAUGGGCAAACGAGUGGCGGCCGUCGAAAAAUGGAGUUCUAGGUGUGUUCAAGCCUCCUCUACAUUCCUCAUGAGUAACAAUAGCAUCACUGUGUGACUGACGCAGGGCAUGAGAAGGUGCGUGAGCUGCAGUCAGUGUCUCCACGUUAGCUCGUAACCUCGUGUGUGCAUGUGUAGCUGCCGUCGUGUGAAGCAAAUCUCCAGAGGCUCGUGCGGGGAAUCGUUCGCUGAAGACAGAUAUGAUUCUGUGGCGUGUGCCGUAGUUACUCCCACUAGACUGCAUGAAACAGAUGUGUAGAAUGACCUGUCACGUGUUGUUAACCAUAGUAGCAGUAGCGGCUGCUCGGUGUUGCUUGGUAUGGCUUAGUGUGUGUGUAUGUGUGUGUGUGUGUGUGUUUCGCCUCAGCAUUUAGAAACAAGGUCCUUACACUGGAAGCAAUACAGGGUGCUCGUUUAGCUCGGCUCUCAGCGGCUUGAAUUGUGUCAGUGUCGUGCAUGAGGAUGGAAGAGGCCUUUCCAGUCGGUAGGAUCAUAUUAACCGUGAAUUAAUUAACAGACAGACGGUCGAUUCGAUUAAUAGUUAAAUUCAGUUUCAUGGACGCAGGCGAAGCCACUAAACAAAGACUUGCACAGAGAAAGGGAAAGAAAACUCCCUCAUCUUGGCGGAUGAUAAUGUGUGCGAUAACUUUUAGGUACUUGACAUCUUUUCUUCAAAAACACAAACAUAAAUUUUAAAUUCUGAUAGAAAUCUUCAGCGUAAACAUUUAUGAAUCACAAUCACAAAAUGUUCAAGGAGGAGUUAUGAUCACAUCUUGUCCUUGUGCAGUUGCAUAUUAGUCUUUGUGGAACUGGUUUGCAUUGCAGAAUCACAAGAGAUUAAGAAUAAGAUGUCAACACAGAGAUCUUCAAAGGAGAAAGAAAUAUUUGGAAGACAGACGUGUGUUCAGACAGCAUUUAGAAAUAAAGGAUUGAUAUUUAAAAUUAAAAAACAUAAGGGGUUAAAAAUGUCCACUCAAGGACUCAAUAAUAAAUUCAAAUGCCAACAAGCAGUUGGGGCAUUAGUGAAUCAUCUGUUCAGAAAACCGUUCACUAAUUAAAAGAAUCACUGAAAGAGAAAAUGUGAAUUUCAGGAAACGCGAUCGCCUUUUGUUCUCGUGCGGCCGCUUUUGUGAAACUGGUUUGCAAGAUCAUGUUCACGUAGGGCUGAUCGACAAACUUUUAUUUCACAUUCUACCGGAAAUCCUAAACUUUCCAAAUAAUCCAAAUGCUGUUUAAAAAGCUGCACAAGAAAAGACAAAAGAAAGAAAGAACGAGCCUCUCAGUUAAGAGUCAGAACAAGACGAUGGAGAAAAUAUGACAAAAUAAAAUGAACAUUAAAAUGAAAAACUGGAUUUAAGAGUUAAAAUGUUCAUUCAGUAAACAUCUCGGCUGCUUUUUAGUCUUUGUGAAGCUGGUUUGGUCAUUAGUCAGUCGCUCAUUCAGAUGUCAAGGAAAGAAUCAGUGUAAAGGAUCUAAAUGAAUGUAGAUGAGCUUUGUGUGUAAUUCCGUGUCUAGCUUGAAUUCUGGGAUGUGUAGUUGUUUUUUAAUUUUUAUUUCACACUAACCACAAUGACUCUGGCUGCUCUGAAGCUCCCACCAUCAUCCGUCUCAGCCAAUCAGAUGAUUCCUCAGUGUCACGCUUCCUCUUCCUUCUUUGUCUGCCCUGCACCAGUGUGUGUGUGCGUGUGCGUGCGUGUGUGUGUGUCUGUGUGCACUGUACGUGCGUGCAUACGCGUGUGUAUUGACAUAGAACAGGUUCAGCCAGCAAAGUGUGUGUGUUUGUGUCUGUGUCUAGAACAGGUUUGUGUGUUUUUACUUUGAGGCCAAUGGAAACUGAUGACUGCAUGUUGCCUUAUCGACCAAUCUCUCUCACACACACACACACGCACCCACACAGACAACACUUGUACACACGCACAGCACACUCUAUACACGCAAUUUCACCAUGGAUACACAAACACAAAUCACCAUGUUUAAGUUGGCAUCAAAGCAAACUCGCUGAUUUUAUAAACUGUACCAGUGAAAUUAAAAAGUUUUGUUGAAAUCCA